AGUUCUUUGGCCUUCAGAAGGUUUGUGUGGGGGAUGUGUGGCGGUGAAGUGAAAGGAAGGAAAAUAAUUUGUGUUUAAGAAUGACAAUGGUUUCGAAGGCGGCGAUUGGAAUUGCGGCUGGUAUUUGUGGGACAUUAUUUCUUGGUUACUGCAUAUAUUUUGAUAGGAAGCGCAGGAGCGAUCCGAAUUUCAAGAAGAAAUUGAGGGAGAGAAGGAAGGCCAGAAAAGCAGCUAGCAAGGAAGGGUCCAAAUUUCCAGAUCUGAAAGACAGGGACGACGUUCAAAGAUGGUUCUUGCAGGAGAUCCAACUUGGCGAAGAGCUUUUGGCACGUGGUGACCUGGAUGCUGGAGUGGAGCAUUUGGGUAACGCAGUGGCCGUGUGUGGGCAGCCAAAUCAGCUGCUGCAGGUGCUCCAGCAGACUCUGCCACCACAGGUGUUCCACUUGCUGCUUCAGCGGCUCCCAGUUGUGGGCCAGAAACUUGUUGCGUCAAGUGGAAUGAAUAUGCCAACCAUGGCUGGCGUUGAAGAUGAGCUCGAGUAAGCACAUUUGUUACGUCAUGUCAUGAAAAGGCUGGUUGCUGAUGUAGUGUGAGGCAUAAGAUGCCAUUUGGCCCACUAGUUCCUGUGGACUACAGCAGUCAAAUCUUUUUCAAAUCUGCCUGCCUUGAUGGCAGAUGAGUACAAAGAUGCACAUUUCUUGGCAUAAUAUCACUGAAUCAGGAUGAAAGUGGCAUAUGAAAUAAUUUCAAAAUUAAAUUUUUGAUAUUGAUUUCAUAAGCCCUUCUCUUAUCAGAAACUUAUUUUGAAUGUUUUGAUUGUAUUUUUUAUUAUUUUUAAGUAACACUUUUAUUGAGUAAGUGAUUAUGAGAGAUCAAUAAGUAUAGUGAUAUACCAAUGUAAUUAACAGAUUAAGAUAAAAAUAAUUGUUUACUUGGUAAAUUGUUAAUCAAUUUAACUGUUAAUAAAAUGUUACACUGUA